AUGGCAGAAUUUGCUCGAUCGCUGGAGCGAUCAUUGUUGACACAUGCACGUGUCUCUGUUGAUAUCAAGAAGGGAGAUUCUGCACUUCGAAUUGGAGGUGUUGCCAAGCAACUAACAGCCAUUAUAAGUGAAGCUAUCAAUGGCGAGUAUGGGAAAAUACUUGAAAGUGAAAAUACUAAACAAUUAUUUGGUUAUGGGAGAACUGAACAACUUGACGUACCAUUCCAGGAUUUUUUAAAACAUAAUGUAAAAAUAUUUCUGAAUGACAGUGAGUUGGAUUCAGAGGCACUGAGACAGUUGUCUGUUCUCAGUACUGGUGUGGCAUGUUUACAACUCUUCAUCCAGACUAACUGGACGGGUCCUCCUCACAGUUAUGAUCCUACUCAACAAAUUCCUCUGCACUAUCAGCAACAAGGUAACGAUUUUCAAGAGUAUAUUUUUAACAGUCUGUGUUGUGAUGAAGGCUCUAUUUACUCUCUGGUUGGCAAGCCAUUGUAUUUAUUAAUAGCUCAGACAUUAUUAAUUGAUUGCCGAAAACUUCUGCCAUCUUGCCAGACUGUUGACUGGUGGGCACUGAGAUGCUUAUUUGUGAAGCAGAGGCUUUUAGACGAAAGAUCUCCCACAUGUCAUGAUGAAAUUAUGCAUCUAAUUCAGCAAGUGCAAACCAGUGACUUGCUCAGUAGCAGUGUUCAAAGUUUUACCAAAAUCCAGUUUCAUCUGGAAUUAUGUUACAUUUAUGGUUACUAUUAUGAAUAUCAGAAAGCUAAAGGAGAACUUACAAAUGCAACAAAAGCAGCAGAAUUAGAAGUGACGCUAGCAGGUGCUUUAGGGAAGAGAACUAAAUUCCAGCAUAAUGACAUAGCUCAGCUGUGUUUACAAGUGAUUAAACCAGAAAGCAAAGCUCCAAUAGAAGAUUCAAUCAAAUUGGAUGUAGAUAGGCUUCCAAAGGAUCUUCUUUUGAAUGAUGAAACCUUGUUGAAUAAAGUGCAAUAUGCUGAUCCAGAGCAUAAUAAAAUACCUAAUUUGAGUGGCUUGGAACAAGCACUGCUAUUGGCUAUGUGCAUUGAACACAAGCGAGUUCAACCCAAACAAGAAUUACUAGUGGAAGAACUUCAAAGCUAUAUUCAGGUGAUUCUGGAACAGCCAAGAGUAUGGUGCAUUCAGACAGUAGCACUGAUGAUGAGGAGUCUUUUAGAAGACAACAGAAGGAAAACUGUAGAAAGAUCCAUGAUGCAGUUGGAGGUUUUAGUUAAUCAGUUUAAUAACAAUAUUCCUGAAGGUCCAGAUAGGUUAUAUUUAUUUUAUGCAUCAAAUAUGCCAGCCAGAUGGAAAAUUGAGCAAAAUUUUGCAAAGCUUUUAAUAAGCCUUGGUGCUAUAAGUACUGCAUUGGAAGUUUACCUGAGAUUGCAUCUAUGGGAAGAAGCCAUUGAAUGUUAUCAGGCAUUAGGGAGAUAUGAGAAGGUAUGUGUAACCAUUGUAAUCUAUGGAGAGAAGUCAUUGAAUGUUAUCAGGCAUUAG